AUGUUAUUAUCCCAAUGGCUUUUAACCACUUGCAUACUGAUAUCCAGUUAUGUUCAUGCUGCUGAUCAAUUCAAACCAAAGGUUGUAAGAACUGAAUCAACAGGUUGGUUUAAUAUAUAUCCAUUUGACGACAGCAAGGUAAUUUUGAAGAAUGAGGAUACUUUCUUGUCUAUAUCUGAUAAUAAUGGUGAAACAUGGAGACCAAUAGAGGGUAUUAAUGACGUUAGGUGGAGUUGGAUCGAUAAGCUAUACCCCAAAACUAGAGCUUUUGCAAACUCAAAAGUUGGUAAUAAGAUUUAUAUGACUGAUGAUCAAGGGAAAACUUGGACUACUGUAAAAAUAAAUGAAAAAGAAUAUUCAAAUGGCAGUAAAUCUGAGUUAAGCUGUAACUUAAUUUCCCAUCCAACUAAACCAGAAAUACUCUUAGCAGAAUGCUAUGUUUGUGACUAUGACGAGGAACAAUCUAAUGGAAGCAUUACAAAGAGAGCUGUGUCUUCUCUGUUUGAUAAUUUUUUGAACAGCAUUAUGAGAGAUCCAACUUGUCGUAAUGAGGUUUUCAUAAGUACGAACUCUGGCAAGGAUUUUACAAAAUUGAAUAUUGAUUUGAAAGAACGGGAGGAAAGCAAUCUGUUAUAUAGCACUCUGAAUUGUCAGUUUGCCAUCGCUAGUAAACAAUCUAAAAAUACCGAAACAGAUUCUACAAUAUAUUGUACUAGGAAACAUUUCUACGGUCAAAAAUUUAAUGAUAAAAAUGAGGCUGAUAAGACAUAUUUGGUAUCUAGUUUUGUAAAGACAUCUAAUUGGGGAAAAACAUUCGAAGAACUUCCAGAGCUUAAAGGUUAUUUAGUUAAUUAUUUUGAAGCUUUCGAUUCUCAACUUUUAGUUAUAACUCAAGAUGAUGCAUACAAUAGACAUUCGACACAGAAAGUUUGGAUAUCAAAAGAUUUCAAAACCUUUAAAGAAGCACAUAUGCCAACGCAAUUAAGAUUUAUGAUAAAUGGUUUAAUCUCUGAAGACUCAGUUGGUAGACUAACUAUGCCAAUUUUGAGAACAAAUCCUGAUAAAAAGGACUCAAGUGAUAAAAAUGAAGAUAACAAAAAAAUGCACCAUACAGACAGCGUUGUCUCAGACAUUUUAAUAUCUGACUCAAGAGGUACAAAAUUUACUUUCAUUGAAUGGAUGAAUAGUAACGAUGUAACUUAUAGACAAAUAAGUUCUUUCAAGUAUUUAAAAGGAACUCUUUUUGGACAUACACAGGAAUAUCCCAAUCUUGGAAAUAAAGGGCCAAGCUUUGAAAUGAUAUUGAGAUCCAAGGUUUCUGUUGAUAACGGUAACACAUGGUCCAAUUUGAAGAUUGUCGACCCGGAGAAUAAGUCUAAAUAUUCAUGUAACAUCGACAUUCCUGAGAGCUGUUCUUUGAAUAUUAUGUCAAUGUUUGGUACUCCUGACUUUAUUACCCCUGGUAUUAUGAUGGUAAAUGGUGCUGUUUCCGAUGGACACCAUGCAUCUUGGAAUGAAACAAAAACUUUUAUAUCUAGAGAUGGUGGUGUUAGUUGGAAAUUGGCUUUUGAGUUCCAAACCGCAACUGCAUUUGGUGAUCAUGGGAAUGUUAUCGUUGCUGUUCCAUAUGAUCCUGAGAGUGAUGACGACCCACAAUCUGAAUUUUACUAUUCUCUUGAUCAAGGUACAACAUGGACUGAAUAUCAGUUAGAAAAAACGAUUCUCCCAAUGCAGCUAAUUAGCACUACGCCGGAUGGAUCUGGCCUGACGUUUAUUUUAAAUGGUUUAAGUAUGGAUAGCACUGGUGGCAGUAGAUGGCGUUGGAAUGACAAAAAGGAGACGAAUUUUGUCUAUUCAAUAGAUUUUUCUGAUGCUUUUGAAGAAAAAGCUUGUGUUGAUAGUGACUUAGAAAAAUGGUAUGUUGCUGGUGGAAAUUGUAUCAAUGGUGCUAAAUAUAGGUUUGACAGAAGAAGGGCUGAUUCCAAAUGUUUAAUGAGAAAGAUUUAUGAUGAUCUGGCAUAUACAGAAGAAAUUUGCGAAAAAUGUUCUGAUGAUGACUAUGAAUGCUCGUACGAAUUUGUUAAAGAUAGCAGUGGAAAAUGUGUUGCUGAUUUUGAAUUAUUGAGUUUAUCUGGCUCCUGUGCUAAAGCUAAAAAUGGAAAAAUAAGUCUAAAGCCAAAACAGCGCAUUGUCAAUACUCUAUGUAAGGUUGAUAUGAAAAUUGAAGACGUUUUAGUCCCAUGUACUGAAGUUGAUUCCCCAGAAAACCCAGAUAAUAUUAUAACUGUAUCUGAAAACAAGUUUGACAGUGCUUUACUGACCUACAAAUACUUCGAUACGGCUUCUGAUGAAUCCUUAUUAAUGAUGACAUUGGAUAAUGAAGUCUAUGUAUCUCAUGACGGUGGUAAGAAUAUAAAGAAGGUAAAUACUAAUAGAGAGAAAAUAGUUGAAAUUGUGUUCAAUCCUUUCUACAGUAAAGAUGCAUAUUUGUUUGGUAGAGAUGGAGGUUUAUAUAUAACUCACGAUCGAGGACAAACCUUUACUAAAUCCCAAUUACCCGAGACUAGACAAUUGGGUUUAAAGUUGGAAUUCCACGCUACAAAACAAAACACUUUUAUUUACUAUGGUGGUAAGGAUUGCGAUUCAAUGUUUAGUGAAAAAUGUCAUGCAGUAGCAUAUAUAACAACAGAUGGAGGUGAAACCUUCUCAGAAAUGCUAAAUAACGGGAUCCACUGCAAAUUUUCUGGAUCUACAUUCAAAGAUCCAUAUAAUGAAGAUCAAAUUAUUUGUCAAAUAUUAGAUUCAAGUAAUGGUAAAAAGAAAUUAGUAUCAUCUACUAACUUCUUCAAGUCUGAUUCACAGACUGAAACUCUUUUUGAAGAGGUAAUUGGCUUCAUGUCAACCGGAGAAUUUCUAGUAGUCGCCUUACCUCAUGGAGAUGAUGAAUUAAGAGCAUAUGCCACUUUAGAUGGUAAGGAGUUUGCUGAGGCCAACUUACCAAAAGAUCUAUCUGAUAUUAAACAAGAAUCCUUUACGAUUUUAGGUUCCGAAUCAGGAUCUAUUUUUAUGCAUUUAGCGACAAGCCAAAAUAUCCAGGGUGAAUUUGGGCGUUUGUUGAAGUCUAACUCCAAUGGUACUUCAUUUGUGUCAUUAGAAUCAGCUGUUAACAGAAAUUCUGCUGGGUUUGUAGAUUUUGAAAAGAUUCAAGGUCUUGAAGGUAUAGUGUUAAUUAAUGUGGUUGAAAAUACUGAUGAAGUUGAGAGAGGAACAACUAAGACUAAGAAGUUAAAAUCAAAAAUUACCUUCAAUGAUGGUUCUGAUUGGUCAUUUAUAAAUCCACCAUUAAAGGAUAGUAAUGGAAAAAAGUAUACCUGCUCAGGAAAGGGUUUAAAGAAGUGUUCUUUACAUCUUCAUGGUUAUACCGAAAGGAAUGAUAUAAGAGAUACUUUCUCCUCUGGGUCUGCAUUUGGAAUGUUAAUCGCUGUUGGUAAUGUUGGUGAACAUUUACUACCAAAAGAUGAAUGCUCAACAUUUAUGACAAUUGAUGGGGGUGCUACAUGGACAGAGGUAAGGAAAGGCCCAUUUCAAUGGGAAUACGGUGAUCACGGUGGUAUUUUAGUAUUGAUCCCUGAUGGAUCCGAAUCGGAUACUUUAUUGUAUUCAACAGAUUUUGGUAAAACAUGGAUCGACUAUAAAUUUGCCGGAGAAAAAAUUCAAAUGAGGGAUAUUGUUACUGUGCCAAGAGAUUCUGCAAUGAGAUUCUUAAUAAUAGGGCAAUCCAAUUCAAUUAGAGGCGGUACCACAACUGUCUUUAGUGUUGAUUUUUCCAAGAUCUUUUCAAGACAAUGUGUUUACGAUCUCGACAAUGCCUCGAAUGAUGAUUUCGAGUUUGUAUCAUUCAAUCCUGUCAAAAACCAAUGUCUGUUUGGUCAUCAAGCUGAAUAUUUAAGAAAAAUCCAUACAGACUGUUUUAUAGGAAGUGCUCCGCUUGAGGAGUCUUUCAGAAUUGUUAAAAAUUGUUCGUGUACAAGGAAUGAUUUUGAAUGUGACUAUAAUUAUUAUAAAGCCAACGAUGGUACUUGUAAAUUAGUCGAAGGGUUAACUCCAUCUGAUCCAAAGGAUAUAUGUAAAAAAAAUCCUGACGCUUAUGAGUACUUUAAACCUACUGGUUACAGAAAAAUCCCACUCUCAACCUGUGUGGAUGGCUUAAAUCUAGAAGGAACUUCGAGCCCAUUGCCUUGUCCCGGCAAAGUGGAAGAAUUCAGAAAAAAUCACAAGAUUAAUGGAAGAUCAUUUUCACUACUAUUCAUUUUACCUUUCUUGAUUCUUUUAGGUAUUGCUUGGUUUAUCUAUGAUCGUGGAAUUCGUAGAAAUGGUGGGUUUUCAAGAUUUGGUGAAAUUAGACUAGGAGAUGAAGUAAUUGAAGAAAACAAUGUCGACAAAGCUGUGAACAAUAUAGUUAGAACAGGUCUUUUAUUGACUUCAAGUGUUUUUUCGGGAUUGCAAUUGGUCAAAAGAUUUAUUGGUAAGAGCUUUCAAAGUUUAAGAGAACGUGUAACGGGUAGGAGAGGUCCAAGUUAUACCACCUUAUUCAAUGAUCAGUUUUUGGAAGGAGCCGAUGACCUUUUGGAGGGUCAUGAUGAAGAUGCAAAUGACUUGACUAGUUUUUUAUCUAAUGACAAUAAUUUUGAUAUCGAUACUGAAGAUGACGGAAACACUUUUGCACCAUUUAGAGAAGAAGCGAGUGAAGAGGACCAUGGUCCUGUAACUGGAGACUCCUCGAAUAAUGAAGAGGUUUCUUCUUAA